UCCUUCAGUGCCCAUCAGACGUUGCUGGACCCAGAGACUGACCCCCUAUGCCUGACCACGCAGAUGUCAGCCUGCCCCCAGAGGACCGGGUCAGGGGUCUUAUCCAAAUGGGCAGUAGUGUGGAGGUGAAUGAAGAUGUCCCACCUCGGAGGUACUAUCGUUCUGGAGUUGAGAUCAUCCGGAUGGCAACUAUCUAUUCUGAAGAAGGCAACAUUGAACGUGCCUUUAUAUUGUACAACAAGUACAUCACGCUCUUCAUAGAGAAACUUCCGAAGCACCGUGAUUACAAAACUGCUAUCAUUCCUGAGAAGAGAGACACAGUAAAAAAACUAAAAGAAGUUGCAUUUCCUAGAGCUGAAGAGCUGAAAAAGAAGCUUUUAGAAAGAUACAACAAAGAAUAUGCAGAGUACAAUGUACAAAAAAAGAAGCAGGAGGAGGAGUUUGCCCGCAGCAUGGCUCUGCAGCAGCAGCUGGAGGAGGAGAGGCAGAGGGUGGCCAGGAUGAAGCAGCAGCAGGCCGAGCAGGAGCAAUUCAGUGCAUUCGAGGAAAUGAUCCGGCGCCAGGAACUGGAGAAGGAGCGCCUGAAAAUCGUGCAGCAGUUUGGGAAGCCAACCCCCAACACCUCGGAUGGCCCCUUGGUACCUGGCGUGCUCAAGCCCUUGAGCCCCAGUGGAGGAGCAGUGCUGCCCAAACCCCCUGUGGACAGGUCUCUGAAACCUGGAGCUUUGGAAAUCCCAGAAAACAAUACUACUAUAGAAGGACUUCGCCAUGUGACUGUCCCCAGAGAACUCUGUCAUAAAUUCCUCCAGUUGGCGGAUGCAAACACUGCAAGGGGUGUAGAGACAUGUGGAAUCCUUUGUGGGAAGCUGAUGAAGAAUGAAUUCACAAUAACCCAUGUCAUCAUCCCCAAGCAGCACGGGGGCCCUGACUAUUGCAACACUGAGAAUGAGGAGGAACUCUUCCUGAUCCAGGAUCAGUACAGCCUUAUCACUCUGGGAUGGAUCCAUACACAUCCUACCCAAACAGCUUUCCUUUCCAGUGUAGAUCUACAUACGCACUGCUCCUAUCAGAUGAUGCUGCCGGAGUCUGUAGCUAUUGUUUGUUCGCCCAAAUACCAGGAGACUGGAUUCUUUAAAUUGACAGACCACGGCAUGGAAGAGAUCUCUUCCUGUAGGCAAAAAGGAUUCCAUCCACAUAGCAAAGAUCCCCCACUCUUUACAACCUGCAGUCAUGUGACUAUCCUGGAGCGGGAAGUGAUGGUACUGGACCUUCGAUAAAGCAAAUGCCUUCAUGCCUUUCGCAGCCAUUAACUGUCCUCUACGUUAAUUUAUGAUGACUAAUAGUACCCCCCUCUAUGCAGCAAUUCCCAAGGCUCUCCCUGUAACACCACAAGAGUUUCACAUUCUUUCUGAUCUCAUGCAGUUGUUAAAUUAGGGAGGAAAGAGGAACUCUUGGGAGAUAUCACUAAACUUAAUUCAAGUAGUAUUUGGCUGCUCACUGAUCCUCUUCAGGCUUUACUCUGCUGAACCUUAAUCAAAAAAUCAAGCAAAUUAAUAACCUAUAAAAAUCUGUUUGCGAUAUGCUGAGUGCAUAAAUUCAUCUGUUUCCUCCCUUUCAAGCUGCAAACAUAGAAUUUUCUCCAAAGCUCAUAAACACCGAUGGAAGCCUUUGGUGGAUUCCCCAAGUGCUGUGCCAAUAGCUCAACUUCUAGUGAGCAACAACAAAUGAUGUUUACGUUGGAAGGAAAUGAGCAUAUGCAGGAAGAUUGUGUUUUUUGUUGUCAGGAAUUCUUCAAAAGAUAAAUAAAUCACAAGUUCUUCCAGGCUUCCGUUUCAGGGAGAGGGAGGAGGUAGGAGUUAUAGGAAAAGAGAAUCCAAAGGAAAGGAUUCCAUAAAUAGCUUCUUGGUUCCAUUCUUGGCACGGUUUGCCAAAGGAUGGAUCUGCACUUGAUUUGUGCUAUGAACUUUCAGUUCCAGCAAGUGCCGAUAUGCACUGAAUCAUCUAACUCAAGUUGGACAACCCCUUAAGUAAUGCUUUAAGGCCUAGACCAGCAACUUAAAGGCCCAGACUGAGGGUUAGUUCGAUAUAGAGAUUUAAAAAUAGGUUUACUGUUGGAAAAAUGUCUCUGGUACCUCUACAUCUUGUACCCUGUCCUCGUAUCACAUUGCAAUGAAGGGCAGGUUUAAAAUAUUUUAAAUAAUAAAUACCUAUAAAAAG